CCAUCUCCAUCAACACACAGCGCCAGGCCUACACAGCCCCAGGAGAGAGUGAGAUCCUUGAUCUGGAUGAUAACCUGUACCUUGGAGGACUACCAGAGAAUAAACUAGGCAUGGUCUUCCCUACAGAGGUCUGGACAGCUCUCCUAAACUAUGGCUACGUGGGCUGCAUCCGGGACCUGUUCAUCGAUGGCCAGAGUAAAGAUGUCCGCCGCAUGGCCGAGGUUCAGAAGGCUGCAGGGGUCAAACCAUCCUGUUCUAAAGAACCGCCCAAGCAGUGCCUGUCAAAUCCCUGCCAGAAUAACGGGGUCUGUCGGGAGGGAUGGAACCGUUACGUCUGUGACUGCUCGGGGACGGGAUACCUGGGCCGCUCCUGUGAGAGGGAUGCGACCAUCCUGAGUUAUGACGGCAGUAAGUUCAUGAAGAUCCAGAUGCCGGUGGUGAUGCAGACGGAGGCUGAAGACGUGUCGCUACGGUUCCGUUCUCAACGGGCAUACGGCGUGCUGAUGGCCACAACUUCACGUGACAGCGCAGACACACUGCGCCUGGAGCUGGAGACUGGCCGUGUCCGCCUCACAGUCAACCUAGACUGUAUCAAGAUUAACUGUACUACCAGCAAGGGUCCGGAGACCAUUUUUGCUGGUCAGAACCUGAACGAUAACGAGUGGCACACGGUGCGUGUGUUCAGGAGGGGAAAGAGUUUGAAACUCACCGUAGAUGACCUUCAACCUGUAGAAGGUCAAAUGGCAGGUGACCACACCCAGUUAGAGUUCCACAACAUUGAGACGGGCAUCGUGACGGAGAAGAGGUUCCUUUCACUGGUGCCCUCUAACUUCAUAGGCCACCUGCAGAGCCUCUCCUUCAACGGCAUGGCCUAUAUAGACCUGUGUAAGAAUGGUGACAUUGACUACUGUGAGCUCAACGCCAUGAUUGGCUUCAAGAACAUCAUUGCCGACCCUGUCACGUUCAAGUCUCGGUUGAGCUACGUUGCUCUGACCACUCUCCAGGCCUACUACUCUAUGCACCUGUUCUUCCAGUUCAAGACCACCUCAUCAGAUGGACUCAUACUGUUCAACAGCGGGGAUGGAAACGACUUCAUUGUGGUCGAGCUGGUCAAGGGCUACCUGCACUACGUAUCAGACCUGGGGAACGGAGCUCACCUGAUCAAGGGCAACUCCAACAAGCCUCUGAAUGAUAACCACUGGCACAACGUCAUGAUCUCACGAGACACUAACAACCUCCACACCGUCAAGAUCGACACCAAGAUCACCACCCAGACCACCAUGGGAGCCAAGAACCUGGACCUGAAAGGCGACCUGUAUAUAGGUGGCGUGGCCAAAGAGACGUACAAGGAGCUUCCCAAAUUAGUUCACGCCAAGGAAGGCUUCCAGGGUUGCCUAGCAUCGGUGGACCUGAACGGACGCCUCCCGGACCUGAUGUCAGAUGCCCUGGCAUGUGUGGGCCAGAUAGAGAGGGGCUGCGAAGGCCCCAGUACAACAUGCCAGGAGGACUCAUGUGCCAAUCAGGGUGUGUGCCUGCAGCAGUGGGAGGGGUUCAACUGUGACUGUAGCAUGACAUCUUUCGGAGGGCCACUCUGCAACGACGCUGGAACUACGUAUAUAUUUGGCCGUGACGGUGGACUAAUCACGUAUACAUGGCCUCCCAAUGACAGGCCCAGCACGCGGGCAGACAGGCUGGCCAUAGGUUUCAGCACACAGCUAGAGGAUGCUGUUUUGGUGAGGGUGGACAGCUCAUCUGGCCUUGGAGACUACCUGAAGCUACACAUUGAAAAAGGAAACAUUGGAGUUAUAUUUAAUGUUGGAACGGACGACAUAAAUAUCGAGGAGACAGCAAAGUUUGUAAAUGAUGGAAAGUACCAUAUAGUGAAGUUUACGCGGAGUGGCGGUAACGCCACACUACAGGUGGAUGACCUACCUGUCAUAGAGCGCUAUCCCACAGGCAACAAUGAUAACGAACGCCUGGCGAUUGCUAGACAGCGAAUCCCAUAUCGACUUGGUCGAGUAGUUGACGAAUGGCUACUCGACAAAGGUCGGCAGCUCACUAUCUUCAACAGCCAGACCACCAUACAGAUAGGUGGCUGGGACAGGGACAGGAGUCGCUCGUUUCAGGGCCAGCUCUCAGGCCUCUACUAUAACGGGCUGAAGGUGUUCAACAUGGCCACUGAAGGAGAUCCUAACAUCCGCAUCCAGGGGAGCGUGAGACUGGUGGGAGAGUCGCCCUCUUCCAUCACGCCACAGUCCAGUGCCAACACGGGCAACCGGUCGGAGACGUCCACCUCCAUUAUGGAGAUCACCACGACGACGGCAUCCAGUAGGAAAGUGAAGCAGACGACGCCACGGGAACCUCAUCAGACGACGGACGAUCUGCCGGUGGCAUCUGCGGAGUGUCCGAGCGAUGACGAGGACAUUGAUCCCUGUGAGCCGAGCUCAGGUGGGUUAGCUAACCCAACAGGCCCGGCAGUGAAGGGCUACCCAGGUCCAUCGGAGGGGGUGUUCCGUGAGUCAAGCAGUACCACAGGGAUGGUGGUUGGCAUCAUAGCGGCAGCCGCCCUCUGUAUCCUCAUCCUGCUCUACGCCAUGUACAAAUACCGCAACCGGGACGAGGGAUCUUACCAUGUGGACGAGAGCCGUAACUACAUCAGUAACACAUCGCAGUCCAACGGGACGUUGGUGAAGGACAAACCGCCGAACGCAGCCAAGACCUCCUUUAAGAGCAAGAAGAAUAAGGACAAGGAGUAUUACGUGUGAUCCUUACUAUCUCUGGUCUUAGCCACUGGCCCGACAAACUUUUUGACUCGAGAAGACCAAUCAGGAGAUCAGAAGACCACUAAAAAGUGUAUAAUAAUGAACAAACGAAAUUCAACAAAAACUACAAAAUAACAUUUUGUCUUUCAUUUUACCCAAGACAUGGUGGGAUGGUGUUAUACCCGAAUGCCAAAUGGACAAAAAAAUCAAACAGAACAUCUUCCUUUAGAUUCUUAAAGCCAACAAACUGGGCUUUAGGAAAUAGCACCAGGGAGAUAGAGGUACUCUAUUGGACUAUACUGAAGAGGGUUUGGAACUGCAGAAUAAUCAACAGGAGUACCUAUACAUCUUAAACCAACAAACAAUCCAACCAAUUGUUCAGUUUUAUUCAGUUUAUUACCAGGAUAUUGGUUGUCCAAACGGGAGAAGAGAGAUGCAAACGGGCAAGGAGAGGUAUACAAUUGAGGAAGAUAUAUUACAACUAUAAACUCCAAUGUUUAAUUUACAUAUCCUGUGUUUGUGUUAACUGGGAACUUUUCUACGAGAAAAUACUUAAAACGCACAAAUGAGGUAAAUAAAGAAAACCCAACACCAAACAUGUGCAACAACAGAUGACGAGUGAAUAGAAAAGAGAUGGCAUAAUGGGAAGGCAAGGUAACAGUGAAGAAGGAAGUGAAAGGAUAAAUAUGCUACCUACUGUAUGUUUGACUAAUCAGCCAAAGUAUUUGCACUUUUUAUGGUGGCAAUGAUGGCCAAAACACAGACUAAAGGAACAUUUGGCUGCCUGAUCUAUCAACAGUGCAAAGACAAAAUGGCCUCCGAUUAAUCUUGAUCUAGAGAGACUUAUGUCAAGUUAUGAUUAAGAUUCAUUUUUGCCAGUUAAGAAAUCAUGAUGCCUUAGAUUCCACACUGUUGUUGAAAACUAAGGCAAAGUGUUUUACAGAAUUCUGGAAGGAGAAGUCCGAAUGUUCUGAAUGCGAUCAUUCUGAUACUGGAACAAUCCAUGCACGCAAAACGUAUCUUAUUACAGUACAUGUUUAUAUACAGUACAACCACAUCUAUAUGUGCUUUCUGGACAGUGACAAAGUGGUGUUUUAUAGCCUGUUGUAUAGAUGACCACGCAAGCUAUAUCUGCUCCUCCUCCAACCAUUUUUGGAAUAAAAAACAAAUAAAAAAAUUACAAAAAUACCAAAUUAAAUGUUACUAAGUGUUGCUAGAUAUAGAAGAUUUUAUGAUGACGUUGAUCGGCAUUUACUUUUCUUUUCAGUUGGAUUCUUUAUUCCCCCGUUAAACAUCUGUUUAGUUUUUAUACAAAUGCCAACCUGAUCUAAUAGAUAUAUUGACCCCGCCCAGUAGUAACCUGACCGUCCUCAAACUGUACAAGGUAAUGAUAUAGUGGACAGUAGAGACCGGGCAUGAUGAUAUGCAGGAUGAGGUCAUGUCUCCAGGGUAUCACAAACUUUCUCCCCAUUCCUGCUCCUUCCCAGUUCCUGGGGCAGUAACAGUAACGGAUGGCCUUCCUCCCUAUACCUGCCCCCCAAACUAAACCUAGCUAUGUACGAAUGAAGACGUAUACUACUGAUGAUGUUGCUGUAUGUGUUCCUAUAAGUGGUCCUAUAACAUGAUUGUUUAGUGUAUGCUUGUGCUGAUGCAAACAAACUGAAGAAGAAAUAGGACGAGAUCAUUUGAACCGUUUUUGUCAUUCUACUGUCAGCUCUGUUCUGCUGUCCUGGUGACCUGAUGGACUUGGAAUGAGUGCUACUAUGACCUAUAAAUAAUGAGGACUAUUAUAAAUUCUUUGAUUGUUCAUUUAUUUUUAAUUUCUACAUGUGCUAUUUUUUUCUACAGUAGUUUAUGUUCAAAUUGUGACAAUGUCUUUAUUAUUGACCUCAGUAACAUUUAUUAUGAAAAAAAUAGUUUUGAAAAAUGAAAUGAAUAAAUGAAAUAAAAUGUUACCUAAGUGAACUUCAGUCUACUGUAUGAGGUUCUAUGGUAAAUCAUUGUGCUUUGUUAA